CUCUUAUCGAUAUCUGACCGCUGGACGGACGAAUAUCAACGUCCAUCAUCCAUCUCUCCUCUAUUGCCCUCCUCCCUCCCUCCCUCCCCUCCUCUACACCAUUAUUAUUCCCAAUCGCAUAUAGUACUAUAUCUCUUGACUUUUUAUGCAGUAAUUAUUACUAUCGCAAUUGGAACCCUACAUGUCGCAAUAAAGCACUAUCUGCAUCCUACCUUUUUGUUGUUGUACAUAAAAACACGUCCCUCGGCAUAUCUACAACAUGUCCUACUACACCUCCGACCCAUCCACCUUUCCCUCCCCCGUCGACCUCUCCCACCACCUCUCCCGCAGCACCAAAGCUCGAGAGGCUUCCAGUGUCAAGAAGUUCUACAAGUACUUCACCAUCCCUGGCAUUGCCCAGCUCGCCGGCGGCCUCCCAAACGACCACUAUUUUCCCUUCGACACUCUCGAGGCCAAAGUCGCUCACCCGGAUCGCUGGAAGCCCACGCCAAACAAACCUGUGGACCCAUCUGCUACGAAAGCCCCUUCAACCUCGACCUCCUCCAAGGAUGACCCGCCAUCAUCACGGGUGGUCGUGCCCCACGACUCCGGCAACAAGGACCCAUUGCGCAUGAUCGACCUCAAAUCCGCCCUCCAGUACGGCACCUCCCAAGGCUACCCAUCCCUCUACUACUUCAUCCGGCAAUUCACGCGCGAGAACCUCCACCCGUUCGUCCCCUACAAAGACGGCCCCGAAAUCAUCCUCACGUGCGGCUCCACGGACGGCUUCAGCAAGGCGAUCCAAGCCCUCAGCAACGAAUGGUUCGAAGGCUACGACCACGUCUCCGAGCGACCCGGGCUCCUCGUCGAAGAAUACUGCUACAUGAACGCCGUCCAGACCGCAAAGCCCCGCGGCGUCAACAUCGUCUCCGUCGCCGUCGACUCGGAAGGCAUGGUGGCCCACGGCCCAGGCGGUCUUGCCUCCGUCCUCGAGAACUGGGACUUCUCGCGCGGUCGCCGCCCACACAUGAUGUACACCGUCACGAUCGGCCAGAACCCGACCUCAGGAACCCUCGGCGUACCCCGGCGCAAAGAAAUCUACGCCCUCUGCAUGAAAUACGACAUCAUCAUCAUCGAAGACGACCCCUACUGGUACCUACAAUUCCCGUCCUCCACCACACCAUCCACGCCCUCCGCCCCGAAACCCACCAAAUCCUCCGGCUUCGACUUCCUCGACUCCCUCAUCCCCUCCUACCUCUCCAUCGACCACCAAGGCCGCGUCCUCCGCCUCGACACAUUCUCGAAGACCGCGGCGCCAGGCUGCCGCCUCGGCUGGAUAACCGCACAGCCCGCGCUCGUGGAACGCAUCCUCCGCAUCUCCGAAACGACAACCCAGCAACCCUCCGGCUUCGUGCAGUCCAUGGUCGCUGAACUCAUCAUGGGCCCGCAGUCGUCGUCCGAUCCGGGCAGGGGCGGCGCGUCCGACGGCAGCGGGUGGAAAGUCGACGGCUGGGUGCGUUGGCUCGAGGGGCUCAGGGGCAACUACGAGCGCAGGAUGGGCGAUAUGUGCGAUGUUUUGGCCAAGGGGAAACAUCUCGUUAAGGCGGGGCGUCGCGCGUCGCUGGCUGCCAUUGUCGCGGACGACGGGGGCGAGGAGGAGUGGAGUGUUGUCGAAACCACACAGAUAUUCGAUUUUGUCCGCCCGCUUGGUGGCAUGUUCGUCUGGGUUAGGUUCGACUUCUCGACGCAUCCGUUGAGGAGGCAGGUCGACGCGCGGCGGCUGUCGCAGGCGCUGUGGGUGUUUUGGACCAAGAAGCCGUAUUUGUGUCUUGUUGCGCCGGGGAGUAUGUUCGCGGCGACGGAGGAGGUGAAUGAGAGGGAUGCGUUUAAUUGCGUUAGGCUGUGCUUUGCGGCGUGUCCUGAGGACGAGGUGAGGGGCAUCACGGGGAGGUUUGUGGACGGCGCGCAGGCAUUUUGGAGGAUCAAGAGCGUGGAGAGGAUUGAUAAGUUGUUGGAGGAUGACGAGGGGAUGGCCGCCGCCGGUUUGGAUGCGGCGGGUCUUGUGUCGUUGACGGGCAUGUGCUAAAUCACCAUCUAUCCAUCUACAUACAUAUAUUGCUCACAUAUACGCCAUACAUAUACACAGUUUUCCAACCACAAAUCUAUCUAUCUACCUCCCACCCUUCCUCUCCCCAAGAAUCCCAUCAGCAAUCUUCUCCGCAACCGCAUAAACACUCGCCGAAAGAUGCCCACUCAGCUGCGCGGGCAGCGUCCCCGCAUCCACGACCCUCACAUUGCUUACCCCGUACACCCUCCCCCCCGCAUCCACCACGCCGUUCAGCUCCCGCGGCAUCAUCGCGCACGUCGCCAC